AAUUUAAAGAUUCACAUUUUACGGUUCAAGACCAGUCAGAUUUAAGCUUCUACUCAUUUUUUGAAUCCCAAAAUGCAAUAUUUUGAAUAAAAUCAUAAAUAUGGCAAAAAGUAAAAUAAAAGGUGAUUUAGAGUUUCUUAAAGAUGAAAUUUCUCAUGAGCAACUUAAAAAUGCGACUCCAGAUCCUGAUUGGUACAGACCGAUAACAGAUGAAUCAUGCUAAUGGAAGACGGAGCUAUUUUUGUCUGGAAUGACGUAAUUAGGGUUUGUAGUUUAUCGAAGCAUGAAACCACCUUAUCUCUAGCAGGGAGGUGAGGAGACUCUGGAACCUUCCAACUGUUCUUCUGCAGCCUGAUGGAGGAUCUUUCUGCUGUUUUUGAACAAAGUAUCUUAUGGUAUUUUUACAGUAAAGUGAUGCGCAUUUUUAUCAAAUAUCUAAAAUUUCUGCAAAUUAAAAAUGGGUUUUUCUUUAAAUCUUGACGAGUUUUAGUUGAUCAUUGGUGUCAAUGUCAAACAGCCGGUUUCCUGUUGGGUUUUUUCCAAAAUAAAGUACAGACUUUUUUAUUUCUUUUUCUUUUUAAUGCUCUAGAAAAGGGCUUCUUGUUCGUUUCAUGGUAAGAAAAUGGUUUCCCCAUAAAGCGGUGGCGGCUCCCUCCUGUUUAUCUCUACGGGGCGUGGAUGCUCCGUAUAAAUGACGGCUCAGACCGCGUUGAGCUGCCAGGAUCUUCAGGACUCGACAUGAGGACCUCGGUUCUCUGCUGGCUUUUAAGUCUCUCUGCCUUCACGGGGGCUUCUCUGCCUCCACCAUGUGACAGUCAAAUCUACUGUUAUGGAGCCAUCCUGGAUCAUAUGCAGAGAGCUAAGUUCUUCACAGAUGAUAAACACUUUGUGGACAUGAAGCUGAACUCCCCUCCUGAUCUUGUUCUGUCGUCCUUCCACAACCUCUCCACUGAGUUCCUGAACUCCAUGGUUCCUCCUGCUAAGCUGCAGGAGUUCCUGGAUCAGUACUUCGAGGAACCGGGGACGGAGCUGGAGCCGUGGGCUCCACCAGACUGGAACGCCCAGCCAGAGUUCCUGACGGGAAUCGCAGACGAUAAGCUGCGGGAGUGGGCGGGGCAGAUACAUAACCUGUGGAAUUCUCUGGGCAGGAAGAUCCGCAGCGAUGUCAAAGAUCACCCAGAGCUCUACUCGCUGAUCUACACCCCCCAUCCCGUCGUGGUGCCGGGGGGCCGCUUCAGGGAACUCUACUACUGGGACUCCUACUGGGUCAUCAACGGGCUGUUGGUGUCCGGGAUGACGAGCACGGCCCGCGGCAUGAUCCAGAACUUUCUCUACCUGGUCAGCAGAUACGGCUUCAUCCCAAACGGGGGGCGGGUUUACUACGAGAGGCGGAGCCAACCCCCGUUCCUCACUUUGAUGGUGGAGAGCUACUUCAAAGCCACCAAUGACACCGAAUUUCUGAGAGCCGCUUUGCCGGUCCUGAAGGACGAGUACGAGUUCUGGAUGCAGAACCGUUCUGUGGCUUUGGACGUCGCCGGAGCAGAACACCGACUGAACCGGUUCCAUGUGGAGGCGGGCCUGCCCAGACCCGAGUCCUACACUGACGACCUGGAGCUGGCAGAAGGACUCUCCGAAGGGCUCCGGGACCAGCUGUGGGCGGAGCUGAAAGCAGGUGCGGAGUCCGGCUGGGACUUCACCUCCCGCUGGUACAUCGACGCCGAAGGCCACAACGGCGGCGCCCUCAAAGACACGCGCACCAGCCAGAUCCUACCCGUCGACCUCAACGCUCUGAUGUGCCGCACCGAGCGGACCCUGGCCUCCUUCUGCCGGCUGCUGGGUGAGGACGAGCUGGCCGCUGUGUACCAGCAGGCCACGGCCCGGAGGGUGGAGGCGAUGGAGGCAGUGCUGUGGGACCCCGAGAGGGGAGCCUGGUUUGAUUACAGCCUGCUGUCCAAAUCCAAGCACUUGGAGUUCUACGCCUCCAACCUGGCGCCUGUUUGGGCUCAGUGCUUCUCUCUGCCAGAGAUGGGGGAGAGGGCCGUGCAGUACCUGAAGGAAAGUGGCGCUCUCAAGUUCCCCAACGGAGUCCCCACGUCCCUGAGGGAGUCCGGGCAGCAGUGGGACUACCCCAACGCGUGGCCCCCUCUGCAGCACAUGCUCAUAGAAGGUCUCUCCCAGCUUCCUUCAGGCGAGGCCAAACAGCUGGCUUUGGACCUGGCGCAGCGCUGGAUCAGGACCAACUGGCGGGCCUACAUGCAGCAUGAAGCCAUGUUUGAGAAGUAUGACGUGAACGGAGACGGCAAACCCGGCGGUGGAGGAGAAUACGAAGUGCAGCUGGGCUUCGGUUGGACCAACGGCGUGGCCCUGCAGCUCCUGCAGCAGUACGGCGCCAGCCUCACCUCGGCGGCCAGCCGUUCGGGCUGCGACCUCCUGCUGCCGCUGGUCUUCACGGCUGCUGUGGCGCUCCGCUGAGUCCCAGGUGUCAGAAAGACCCUGGGUGGGGGGUUUGUUUUCAUUUUUCCUGCUUCACCUUCCCUGCAUCCCUCCUGUCUGCUGAGCUGCUGCACAAAAACAACCCGACAUGAUCUGAGAAUGCAGAGUGGACUCCUACUUUUUUUGUGCCUCUUCUAAAUCCUGAGUGAUCUGGAUCAUGUAAUUAGCAGGUUUAAGGGGAUGUAAUUUAUCACGAGUGAGGAUUACUCUGAUGAAUGUUUUUGUAUUUCCAAUCAGAGCUAAAUGAUCCUUGACUUUAUGAGAAGCUGCAGAUCAUUUCUGCCCUUCUGGACGGCUGGCAGCUCAAACCUCAGCAUUAACUUGUUCUAGAUAUUGAGCUGCGAUUACAGUUAUUCACUUAAUUAAAUUAGAAAGUUUAUGGCUUCACUCCCACAAAACCCACUUUGAAUGUAAAUGAGCGCAUGUGAGAAAUAAAAUGUGAAGAGAAAAGCACUGAAUGUGCAACAA